GAGCCGCCCCCUACAAUAAUCAAGCGACGUUGGGGACCGACGUUCCACCAACGUCGGUGUCCAACGCCUGCGACCAAACGCCAACGUUGGCCGAACGUUCGCGUGUUGACCUGGGAGGGUGUUGGUGGUGUUGGUGGCGCUAUUGCCAAACGUCACCCAAUGCGAGCGGACGAGGGCGUUGAGAGCCCCACGUAAGAUGGAGCUCUGCCGACUCGCGCUCAGCCGCCAGCGGUGGUUCCUGAGCAGCACGGCGUACCCGAGUUCGAUUCCCGCUCACGGCCACGCCGACAACCGGUGACGAUUCCCUGAGGGGGGCCCCCCCCCCCCUCGCCUUCGGUCGACCCGGCCCCUCAGACGAGUUGACUUGGGGCCGCGUUGGAGUGCUUCAAAAACAAACAUCGCCACUGGGGGAGACAAAGGCGGCCGUGCUUGCUGGCCACCUCCGUGUGCCGUGCCGGCCUUCAUAGGCGCUUUGCCCCGGCAGUCUGUCAAGGCUACACGGAGCAGGCGGGGAGGGAGGCGUGAGGGAUCUUUGUGCUUUUGGCGGUGCCGGUGGUGACCGAGGGAGGAGGAGGAGGCCAUGGCGGUCGGGCGGGCGGCGCUUCGGCUGCGCCUGGCGAUGGCCGUGCUGGGAUUCCUCUUCGGCGUCGCCGUCUUCUGCGUGUGGAUCUUCGUGUACGAGCAGAUAUGGACGGCCACCUUGGGCGGCCUCUCGGGCGUGCUGGCGCUGUGGGUGUUCGUCACCCACGCCAUGUACCUACAGGACUACUGGCGCAGCUGGCUGCGGGGCCUCCGCUACUUCCUGGCGGGCGGAGUGCUGGCGUCGCUCAUCGCACUGACGGGCAGCAUCACGAUGCUCGCCCUCGCCUGCCACAAACAAGAAACGAUGAAAGACCCGCGGAGUCUGUACUGGAGUGCGCUGGCGAGCGCGCUGGCGCUGCUGUGGGCGCUGCUGCUUGCAGCCUUCUCCUUCGGCUACCGCCGGGAAUUCGCCGAGUUCAGCCUGCUCAUGGACUUCUGAGACGUGGGGUCUCACCCCCUGUCGUCGCUCACGCCACCUCCGCACCCAUCCCCCCAAGCCACCCCUUGAAAUACAACCUCGUGGUCUGAGCGCUGAGCUUGUGCUGCCGAGAUGCUGGGUUCGAAUACAGGUUUCACCCUCCUGUGAUUAUACCAGGCUUCCAAGUAUAGAGAGUUGAUGGUCUCAGCCCGGUCACUUAUGACUGGCUUUUUUUUAAAGCAAUGACAUCAAAAUUUGGCUCUGCGCUUAUUUUUGUGAAGUUUUAGCUCAGUCUGACUAUGCGUGAGAUGAACAUUACUCUCAUGUGUAGAGCGGGUGGGAAAGUGUUGCCCUUUACCAUGUGGACACGAGGUCACUUGAAGAGAUCUCAAAGAUUGUUCUGCGAUAUUCGCUUCUGUGAGCUGUUCUGUAACGUAGAGGGAUGCACUGCUCUGCGAGCAAUCCGAUUGGAUACGUAGGGUCAUAACAUGAUGCUGAUAGCACAAUCGGCGUAAAACUGGGUGGGGGGGAAGGGGGCAGUGGGCUGUUAAAAAAAUGGAAACAACGCCAAGGCCGCCUUCUCAACCCAGCUUCCCAGGGCAUGGGAGUGUCGGUUACUUUUGUGGGCAAUGAGCGCCGCUUGCCACCCAGUGGGGGCCGCGCGUCUCUGCAGUUGAACGCUCGCCAAGCAGAGCCUGGGUUUCGGUGGGGAGGGCUUGUACUUUUAAAUAUAAAUGCUUGUGCGCAGGUUUUUUUUUUACACGUAUAUAUGGACAUGGGUCGGUUUGUAGCGGCAAAGUGUUGUCAGAGGAACCCAUUUACAAUAUUUACAAAACAUGCUUUGGAACAAAAUAAACGAUAUUUUGAUAUGCAAUUGGUAUCCCCCCCACUCCCCCCCCCUGCUAAUGUACAAUAGCUUUUCUGAAAUUAAAGUAAAUAUGGUUGGCAUAUCACGACAUGGCCUAUCCAAAUGGCACAAAUUACUAACCCAUCCUCCCAUUAAUUAAAUAGAUGUUAUAAUAAUUUUAAUCAUCGUGAAAAAGGGACCGUCGAACUUCGUGCAAUUUUUAUUGUGACCGCUAAUUGUCUUUGCGCGAUGUGCAGCAGCUUCUGCUGCGCUAAUUGGUUAUUUAUUUACCGUUAUUGUGACAUCUUUUGCCGAGAGAGCUUUGUUCACUGCUGUAGAGUUGGACGCGGGUCAGUUAAGAUUCGCGCCGUAGAAACCGAAGAUAACAUUUUAUUUACUGGUCGUGGUGUCAAAGCCACCCCACAGUCUGCGAGCGUACGGCUUUACAUGAGUACGUGUACGGCCCGUUUUUCACUACGCUGCUGGAUCAGGGCAUCCCCACACUGUGUAGGCAGUGAGGGUUAUUUACCCAUACUUCACCAUACUGGUUGGUGAAUGUAGUGAGAGUACAAAACAAUGCAUUUUUCUGCACUACCGUCAACUGGUCACAGUGCAUAAUACUUGGUGGCCAAUCAUCUAAGCAAUGCCCGGGCUCCUGCUUGGCUUCUGAGGCGCAUUAAACCAGCUCAUUGUCAUCAUGCAAACUGGGACAGCACUUAAUUAUCAUGUAUGUAAUUGGUAGGUUACAUAUCUGUACCAAUAUAACCAAACAUGCAUAGAAUGUUUUGUAUAUAACCUUGCGUAUGGUAUUUGUACAGGAGGGCGGUGGGAAUAUUUUUAAAACGAGGGAUUGAAAACGAGGGAUUGAAUCUAGACCGGAAGGGUUUCAAGAGAGGUGUUAUUUUAAGACACGUCUGUGUUCACCAUUCGAGCAACGUGGAUAUUCUUCGAAACCAUAUUGCAAACGUAAGAGUGGAUUUAAUAACCCGCGCUCAAAACGUGGUGACCAGCCCCUCCUGUCAAUACUUGUUUUACUUCUUAGAUUUUCGCGUCUGUGGUGUUAUAUUGCUCUCCGCUCUGUUUUCGAGGUUGUGCAGAAUGAUGUCUGACGUUUCGCUGUAAUUGCUGCGAGCUUCUUCAGUUCCUUCUGUUCCUGAAGCGGCUCCGCACGUGGAACGAGACGUCGUACAUUUUGCCCAAUAUACACCCGGUACAACCAGAGAGCUUAUCGGAGAGCCAUACUUACGUUACUUGUUUAUUUUAAGUGUGCUCUAUUACAGAAAAAACAAAUACUUGUGAUAAACGGAUUGAAAACAAACGGGUGCAAACAAUGAAACAACUCCUGGACAUUGCACUGUUGUUUGUACGAGGAGACUGGCUAACCUGACUAUGAGGUCACGACCUCGACACUUUGCCGAGCGUUGUGAAUUGGGCUUCUCAAAUGUAGCUGUUUCCAUGUGGGCCAAUGAACUAGCUCGGAACCGGUCUUCAAAACAGCAAGGAGAUUCUCCGGUGCUCCUUGGUUCCGGCCUCUUUCCUGCUACAAACACCAGUGGGCACGACACGUUUUAUCGGUUACAAUCGCUCGCGAUACUUGCAAUCAUUUAUGCACCUGUGAGAAUACAUUAUUAGCGAUACAUGUGAAUUACAUGCGCUGUUACAUUGAGGCUUUUGUGGAAUGAGUGAGACUGACAGAAACAAGACUAGACCGGUUAUAAUAUUGACCUGAAUUCAUCGAAUUGUCGAGGUGUGGGGGGGGGGUAAAUUGUCACAUUCUUAUGAGCCACAUAGGUUCAAUUCCAGGUCACGACAUCAUUGUCAAUUCACAUCUGAACCUGAUUUGGGCUUUCCGUUUUAGGUCAUCGGGUCAAAUAAAAAAUAAGUUUUUUUAUUUAAAAAGAGGUAGCACAUUGUUUUAAAAUUUUAACCCUCAACCACCAUGGGGGCCAGUCUCAUUUAGACAAAAAAGCAAAGGAGACUCCAAAAAUUUGACAAAAGAGGGAUCGAUUUUUUAAUCAAAACGUGACCUUGAAGCGUAACAAUUCAUCAAAUCGCGAGAUGGUCGGAUUGUUACAUUGCCUCGUGGUUAACACCAAAACCUCUAUCCUCAUCCCUAUGGUAGCUUGCGUGGUAGUGGUGGUGAUUUAAUGAUUAAGGACUGACUGGCCAUUCAAGGUGCUGAGGAGCUCACAAGAGGAUAAACACGUGCAAUUUACUAAAAGGGAUGACAUUGUGGAUUAUAACUCUGCUGUGGCCACGGCUCAUGAUGGCCAGGCCUUCGGGGACCUCGCUAGACUGCGUAUGUUCUAAAGUGAUGCGCACGUUUUGUCGUUUGGCGUUUUAUGCUUUAUUCAUUUAGUGGUGAACUUGUUUUUAUUGUCCCGUGGGUUGAUUUAUUUUCGUGCAGUGUUGCAACACGUUUAAUCACAGCCAAAGUGCGUUAACAUGUCAUUUUAGCGGUCGCCAGUACGAAAUAUGUUUUGGUUUAAGGGAGUACCAGUAGCAUCAGGUUUAGGCCAGUAACCUGAAUAUAAAAUAGCUACAUGCGUUACACUAAUGUACCCGAUCCUUUAUCUAACCAUAACUGAGGGCUGUCUUGUGCGUCUUGGCAAAUGCAUGGGGCAUCAUCGGUCCACCUGUGGAUUUGUGCGUGUUGUCGGACAUGCCUUUUGUAUCGUUACAGUUUUAUGACUGGGAUGACCAACAUUUUAAUUAAAGCUUGCAAUAAAGA